AUGUCUAAUACGACUACAGCAUCAGCAUUAACAAUAACAGAAAACACCAUAGGCAGCGCGACUAUAACAGUGCCAAACACGACACCAACAACAACCGAAACCACACUACCAAACAUCACAAUAACACUAAUGACAACAACAGCAAUAACUACAGAAACUACACCACCAAACACGACUAUAACAACAGCAGCAAACAUUACAACAACAGUCUUAACAACACUAAACAUGACUACAACAGAAACUACAGUACCAAACACGACAUCAACAACAAUAAUAUCAACACCGAACAUGGGUACAACAGGAGCCACACUACCUAAUAUGUCGUCAGCAAUAACUACAGAAACUACACCAUCAAACACGACUACAACAACAACAGUUAUAACAGCACCAAACAUUAUAACAACAGUAAUAACAACACUAAACAUGGCUACAACAGAAAUCAUAGUGCCAAACAUGACAUCAACGACAACAAUAUCAACAACAGGAAUAACAGGAGCGAAUAUGACUACAACAAAAACCACAGUACCAAACAUGUCAUCAACAGUUACUACAGAAACUACAUCACCAAACACGACUAUAACAACAACAGCUAUAAUAGCACCAAACAUUACAACAACAGGAAUAACAACACUAAACAUGACUACAACAGAAACCAUAGUGACAAACAUGUCAUCAACGACAACAAUAUCUACACCAGGAAUCACAGCACCGAAUAUGACUACAAGAGAAACCACAGUACCAAACAUGUCAUCAACAGUAACUACAGAAAAUACACAACCAAACACGACUAUAACAACAACAGCUAUAAUAGCACCAAACAUUGCAACAACAGCUAUAAUAGCACCAAACAUUACAACAACAGUUAUAAUAGCACCAAACAUUACAACAACAGGAAUAACAACACUAAACAUGACUACAACAGAAACCAUAGUGCCAAACAUGACAUCAACAACAACAAUAUCAACAACAGGAAUAACAGGAGCGAAUAUGACUACAGCAGAAACCACAGUACCAAGCAUGGCAUCAACAGUAACUACAGAAACUACACCACCAAACACGACUAUAACAACAACAGCUAUAAUAGCACCAAACAUUACAACAACAGUUAUAAUAGCACCAAACAUUACAACAACAGGAAUAACAACACUAAACAUGACUACAACAGAAACCAAAGCGCCAAACAUGGCAUCAACAACAAUAAUAUCAACAACAGGAAUAACAGGAGCGAAUAUGACUACAGCAGAAACCACAGUACCAAGCAUGGCAUCAACAGUAACUACAGAAACUACACCACCAAACACGACUAUAACAACAACAGCUAUAAUAGCACCAAACAUUACAACAACAGCUUUAAUAGCACCAAACAUUACAACAACAGGAAUAACAACAGUAAAUAUGACUACAACAGAAACCAUAGCGCCAAACAUGACAUCAACGACAGCAAUAUCAACAACAGGAAUAACAGGAGCGAAUAUGACUACAGCAGAAACCACAGUACCAAGCAUGUCAUCAACAAUCACUACAGAAACUACACCAUCAAACACGACUAUAACAACAACAGCUAUAAUAGCACCAAACAUUACAACAACAGGAAUAACAACAGUAAACAUGACUACAACAGAAACCAUAGCGCAAAACAUGACAUCAACAACAAUAAUAUCAACACAGGACAUGAGUACAACAGGAAUCACGUCACGAAGCAUAUCAUCAACAAUCACUACAGAAACUACGCCACCAAACACGACUAUAACAACAACAGCUAUAAUAGCAGGAAACAUUACAACAACAGUAAUAACAACACUAAACAUGACUACAACAGAAACCAUAGCGCAAAACAUGACAGCAAUGACAGCAAUGUCAACAACAGGAAUAACAGGAGCGAAUAUGACUACAGCAGAAACCACAGUACCAAGCAUGUCAUCAACAAUCACUACAGAAACUACACCACCAAACACGACUAUAAUAACAGCAACAAACAUUACAACAACAGGAAUAACAACACUAAACAUGACUACAACAGAAACCGUAGCGCAAAACACGACAUCAACAACAAUAAUAUCAACACAGGACAUGAGUACAACAGGAAUCACGUCACCAAGCAUAUCAUCAACAAUAACUACAGAAACUACACCACCAAACACGACUAUAACAACAACAGCUAUAACAGCAGGAAACGUUACAACAACAGGAAUAACAACACUAAGCAUGACUACAACAGAAACCAUAGUGACAAACAUGUCAUCAAGGACAACAAUAUCCACAACAGGAAUAACAGCAUCGAAUAUGACUAAAAAAGAAACCACUGUACCAAACAUGGCAUCAACAACAACUACAGAAACCACAUUCUCAACCUUGACUACAAUAUCAACAGCAGCAAGUGCCACAGUAUCUAACAUAAGCUCUGCAUCCUGGAUGCAAGCUACAGGAACCUUGCUACCUUUUUCGAGUGUGCCAUUGUCGACUAUGACCACCAUGAUGCUUAAUGCGACUGAAAUGUUGUUGACAACAACAGUCGCAAGUGUGGAACAAAACAUCAAUAAUUCAACAGUAGCAACGACAUCCAUGUUGUCUGAUAUAACUAUACCAUCAUUGGUACCUGCAACAGAAACCGUGCUACCGAUUACGACAACACGAUUACCAGGGACAGCAACUAUGCUGCCAGAUGCAAACACAGAAUCAUUGCGAACGGAAAGCAUGAUGGCUUAUGCAAAUACAACAUUGUCGACAGCCACAGCACAAAGGACGCUGUCUACUAUGACUGUGCUAUUAUCGACAGAUAUGACUGAAACAAGGAUUCCUAAUACGACGACUUCAACAUCAUUGGGGGCAGGCAGCACAAUGCUUAACAUGGCUAUGGAAUCCUCGACAGAUAUUGCAAAAUCUAUACUGCCACUUACAACUGUUUCAUCAUCGCCAACAGGAACUACGCUAUCUAAUGGAACUGCAGAAUCACUAGGAACAGAAAGCAGGAUGCCUUACGUAAACAUAACAUCGUCUCCAGCAGUGAGUGGAACAAUGGUUUCUGAUACUUCGCAAGCAUUAUUCAAGUCAAGCGACAAUAUGUCUAAUUCGACUCUGAUGUUGCAGGUUGCAACUACUCUGUCAUCAGAAGCAUCAACUAUAUUAUUUCAUGCGACUGAACAAGUAUCGGAAACAGCAACUGUGACUCCUCACACAAUUACAUUGUCGUCGGUACUUGAAACAAAAACGAUGCAACCAGAUUCGACCACGCUAUCAGAGACAGUAGCAAUAAAAACCAUGCUACCUGGGACUUCUCCAGCAUCAUUUCCAGUGAGCAACACAAUCUCUAAUAUGACGAUGGCAUCAUCGGCAGGGCUGACUGAAACUCUGUUGUCGUUUACAACUUUGCGACCAUUGAUAACAGCAGCUAUGCUGCCUAAUACAACUGCAGAGUCAUUGACAACGGAAACCACGAUGGCUCAUGCGAACGCAACAUCGUCAAUAAGUACAGCACAAAACAACAUGUCUAAUAUGACUAUAGUGUCCUCAACAGGCCCGACUGGAACGAUGGUUUCUGAUUCUAGUCAGGGAUCAUCGGGGGUAGGAAGUACAAUUCUUACUGCGACGAUGGGAUCGUCGGUAGAAAAGGCUGAAGCUAUGCUACCGUUUACAGCUGUGUCACCGUUGGUAACAGCAAGCACACUGUCUAAUGCAACGGCAGAAUCGUCGGGAAAGGAAAGCCUAAUGACUCAUGUAAUCACGGUAUCGUCGACAGUUGUAGCACAAAACACUUUGUCUAACAGCACUACACCAUCGUUGGCAACAAUGACUAGAACGAUGAUUCCUGAUACUACAGCAGCAACAUCUUUGGAACCUGGAAGCACAGCCUUUAAUAUGACCAUGGGAUCUUCGGUAGAAACGGCGAAAACCAUGUUGUCUUUUGCAACUGUAUCUUUGUUGGGAACAGGAACCAUGAUGUCUCAUGCAAAUACAACAUUGUCAACAGGUACUGCAAAAAACACGGUGUCGGAAACCGCUGUAAUAUCAUUGGUACCAGCAACGGAAAUGAUGAUUUCUCACACUACUCAGGCACCAUCGGGACCAGGAAGCAGCAUGCCUAAUAUGGGUGUGAGAUCGUCGGCAGAAAUAUCUGAAGCCAUUCAACCAUUUUCAACUAUAUCAGCAUUGGAAGCAGAACCGAUGCCGUCUAAUUCAGCUGCACAAUCAUGGACAGAAGGAAGCAUGAUGCCCAACGGAAUAACACCAUCAUCAGCAGACUCGACCAAUACUAUAGUCACUAAUAUUACUGAGCCAUCAUCCACAGCAGGAUCCACAAUUCCUAAUAUGAGCCUAUUACGAUCAACGGUGGAAGCAGAAACUGUGGUGGUUAACACUACUGUAGCUUCUUUGACAACCGAAGUCAUAAUAGCUAAUGUGACUACAGUGUUGUCAUCAAUGACAACAGUAGAGAAUGCAGUCGUUCCGACUGCUUCAAUAUCCGUAGGACGAGAAACGAUGAUACCUGGUGCAAAUAUAUUUUUCUCUACGGCAAGCGAAGGAACGACGCUGCCUUUGACGACUACGUCAUCACCAGCUACAACAGCUGCCAUGUUAUCCAAUACUACCACAUCAUCAUUCGUAUCAACUGAAUCGGCCACUUUUCAGGAUGGAUCUACGAUGGCAUUAAUAAUGCCAGUCGUGAAUAGAAGUUGCUAUCCUCCUGUGAUUAUACUUUCUCCGACGCCAUCAACAUUAAGUUCACCUUCAGAAUAUCAACGAAGUCAAAAUAUCUAUAUGACUUCUUAUCUUCAACUAAAUUGUAAUGAAUCAUUUUCAGCUACUAAAAAAUGGACAGUCAAAGAAUGCUCUUCUAGUUGCACAUUUGAAAUUCAACUGGAUCAGUCGAUAAUCACAACGCGUAGUGAGCUUUUCAUUCCUGCAAAAACUCUUUCUUAUGGAACUUAUGAACUCAAGCUAAGUGUAACCAUGAUGGCCUUGUCGAAUUCAACUUCUUUCAUUUCUACUUUUAUCACAAUUAAUCCUUCUAGUGUUAUAGUGAAUCUGGUUCAAUUUGGAACUUCGAUGAUCACACAUGGAUUUCGUCAAAAUCUCACUCUCAAUCCUGGAGCGUAUUCUACUGAUCCUGAUACAAUUACAUUCAACACAAGUAAUUGGAAUUAUGACUAUUAUUGUCGAAUCGAUGGUCAUUACAAUUUCCCAAGUAUCAACGGAUCAAUGUUGACAAUAAAUGAUUCAAGAAUUGAUUCAAUCAAUUCAUCAUGCUUUGGAAAUCAGCCAAACAACAGAACAUCAUGGCAAUAUGCUGGUUCUAAAAUCUCAGAUAAAUCAGCAUUGAUAAUUCUUUCCGGUUCAUUGGUUUCAAAUCAGACAUAUCAAUUUACGGUCAUGAUGACUCAUCGUCAAAAUUCUUAUUUAAAAGCUACUGGUUCUGUUCUAGUACAUGUUCAAGAUUCUAAUCCGCAUAUGAUUGCCAUUGUUUGUGUUAUAUCUAGUAUGUGUAUUCCAGAUAUCAAAUAUCAGUAUGUUAAUCCGACGACUCAAGUAGCACUUGCCUCUAUUUGCAUAGAUGAUUGUAAAACAGUUCAAAGUAUAACAUGGAAUAUUUAUCAAGGUUUAAUGAAUUCAUCAUCAAAUUCUGUUCAAUGGACUUUAUUCAAUGAAAUGAAUACCUAUCGAGAUAUUUGGUUUUUUGGCAUGAAUACGAGUAAUUUCACGGCAAUAAAUAAGUUAUUUAUUGACAAUCCUUCUAUUAUCUACUGGCGUUUUGAAGUUGUCUAUUCUUUUUCAUCAGAAUCAAGUUCAAGCUCAUUAAGCUUUGUUAUCAAUCGGCCACCUCAAAAUGGAUUUUGUUCGAUUAGUCCUACUAAUGGUACAACUAGUACAUUAUUUACCAUCUCUUGUUUCAAUUGGACUGAUGAUGAUGGCAUCAAAGAUUAUUCAUUCUAUGGAUGGACAACAAAUCCAACAGAUCGAGUAAUGUUUGCUCAUUCGUAUGUAUCUAAUAUUCAACUUCUAUUAUCUACUACUGACGAUAAUACAUCGUUAAUCAAUAUCAUUGUUUAUAUUCGUGAUUCAUAUGAUUGUGCUGCAGAAUUUAAUAUUUCAUCUAUUAUCAUUGUGCCAGAUUGGACAUACAUGGAAAAUCUAAUAGCUAAUUUUCAAAACUCAACUAAUGAUUUAUUUGUUCAAAUGCUUUCAAGUGGUAAUCAAAAUAUGGUUAGUCAAGUAGUUACAUCACUUUCACAACAAUUCAAUAUAAUGAAUAAUCAAGCUAUAAAAACUGCUCUAGCAAAUGGUAUUUCAUCUACAACUAUUGCUAUAUCACCAUUGGGUAGUAAAACUCAACAGCCAUCUUCUGUCUCACUAAAUGCUUCAGCUCUUGUUGAAUACAAUAAACAAUUAAAUACUUAUGCUAAUGUUCGAGAUUCUCUUAUUACAUACAUAACUAAUCUUAUGAUUACAACUGCUGAUAGUAUUAAACUACAAGCAUCUUCAUUAGCUCAAUUGACUGAAGCAACCAAUCAAUUAACACGUACAACUUUGAUGCUUGCAUCAGAUAAAUGUUAUCAAUUGGCAUGGUCUUUACAUUCAAUGGUAACAACAAUUACUAGUGAAGAUGUUCAAACAGCAGCAAAUUAUAUAGCUCAAUGUGCAAAUAAUGUUUUAAGUAGUGUCAAUGGACCUUUACAACAACGAACAACUAUUCUUGAUUUAGAUUGGUCUCGUGCUAAUAAUUUUCCUGUUGAUUAUGAUACUAAUCUUGAAUCUGAAUGGGCUAAUCCAAAUUUGUUUGCCUAUAAUAAUGAUUUUUCAUGGGAAACAAUUCAAAAAGGUCGCAAUAGUUAUUAUCAAAAACAAAUGGCAGAUCAAAUCAAUACUCAAACAACAGAAACAAUAUCAUUAAUUACUAAAGCACUCAAUAUUCAUUUAAAUAUUGGUCAAAAUUUGAUAAUGAAUACAUCAUCUAUAUUGCUUUCAGUAGAAACAAUAUCCAUAGAUGCUUUAUCAAAUAAACUUAUUCAACAAGUUGGAAAUGCUCAAAUUCGUAUUCCACCAAAUUUUACAUUGACUACAAAUGAUAAUACAUCAAUUUCACUUCGAUCAAUAAUGCAACCACUUGCAUUAGCUGAUAAUACUCAAUUACAAUCAAAUACAAAUCUUUCAACAUCUCUUUCACUUACUAUACUUGAUCGUAAUGGAAAUGAAAUUCCUAUUCAAACAGAUAUUAAUCAUCCAAUUGAAUUGAUUAUACUUCGUGAUCCAAAUAUAAUUAUUCCAUCGAUGACAUUACAAAAUGUUACUUCAAUGAAUAUGUCUCCUCAUUAUCAAUUAUUUAAUCUUCAUUUUAUUGACAUUACACAAUCACAAUGGAAUAAUAAUAGAACUGUUGCACUUACUUUUGAAAUGCAUCCAUUGAAUAUUAGUCUUGCUUAUUUAUUAAUUUAUAGAUUUGAUAAUUCUCCUCAAUUAAAUAGUUCAAUCAAUCAGAUUGAUGGAUGGACUCUUUUUUGUCCUUCAAAUUUAACGAAUGAUAGUCUUUAUACGUAUUUUCUUAAUAAUCAACAAACCUCUGGUCAUCAAUCAGUAAUAUUUGGCUUACGAGAAUUAAAUUCAACAGAAUUUUAUAGUUAUUGUAUGAAUUCAUCGAUUAAUAGUCCACCAAUAACAAAUCAACCAUUUAAUUUCACUUCAAAUUAUGAAUUAAGAAGUUAUACCGCAUGUUGUUAUUAUUUAAAUUCAAAUAAUAUUUGGCAAACAGAUGGAUUAUUAGUUGGAUCUCAAACAAAUCAUUAUCAAACUCAAUGUUUUUCGACUCAUUUGACAACAUUUGCUGGUGGAUUUCUGGUUUUACCGGCACCUAUCAAUUGGAAUUAUGUUUUUGCUAACGCUGAUUUUAUGAAAAAUAAAACUGUUUAUUUAACUAUUAUUUGUAUUUAUAUUCUCUAUUUUCUAUUAGUUAUUUAUGCACGUUAUAAAGAUAAGAAAGAUAUUGAAAAAUUGGGAGUUACACCAUUACCAGAUAAUUAUUUUAAUGAUCAAUAUUUCUAUCAAAUUCUUGUUUUUACUGGUAAUCGAAAAAAUGCUGGUACAAAAUCAAAAGUUCAAUUUAUUCUUGUCGGCGAUAAUGAUGAAACAUCAGUUCGUACUUUUGCAGAUCCUCAUCGAAAGGUUUUACAACGUGGUGGAAUUGAUGCCUUUAUUAUGGCUGUUCCAAAAUCAUUGGGAUCAUUAAAUUAUAUUCGUAUUUGGCAUGAUAAUACAGGUCAUGGUGCAUCUGCAUCAUGGUUUCUCAAGUAUAUUAUUGUUCGUGACUUACAAACAAUGGAAAAAUUUUAUUUUAUUUGUCAAGAAUGGUUUGCUGUAGAAAAAGGAGAUGGACGUGUAAGUAUCUUUUAUGAAACACAAUCUAAAAGAAAUAUUCAACUACAUAAGGCAAAAAUUUAUACCCGUCUACUGGCACUGACUGUGAUAGAUCGUAUGUCGAUAACGUAUCGUUAUAAGACAUGA